AUGAAGAAGGAAUUUCCUAUGACUGAUGGUGGUCUCAUCAAUUCAUUCUUGGGCAUUGCUGCUGUACACAACGACAGAGGCUUGUUCUUGCAUCAAAGCCGCUAUGCGGAGGAGAUCUUGCUCCGGGCUGGAAUGCAAGAUUGCAAACCGGUUGCUACUCCAGUGGACUUAAAGUCCAAACUCGCAGAGGACGUAGGCAAACCGCUUGCCAACCCAACUGAAUAUCGAAGUCUCGCAGGGGCUUUACAAUAUCUAACAUUUACGAGACCAGAUAUUGCAUAUUCAGUUCAACAAAUUUGUCUAUUCAUGCACGAUCCGCGAGACAUACACAUGCAAGCUCUACGUCGCAUUCUACGCUACUUACAAGGAACAAAAGACAGAGGGUUACAACUACUAAAACAUCAGAAACUUUCGUUGACAGCUUAUUCAGACGCCGAUUGGGCCGGAUGCCCUUCUACUAGGCGCUCAACGUCGGGGUUUUGUGUGUUCUUAGGCGACAACCUUCUAUCCUGGUCAGCAAAGCGACAGCCCACAGUGUCUCGUUCGAGUGCCGAAGCCGAAUAUAAAGGGGUCGCAAAUGCAGUAGCUGAAGCGUCCUGGCUUCGCAACCUACUCCUGGAACUGCAUUGCCCUCUCCGACACGCCACUAUUGUGUACUGCGACAACAUAAGUGCUGUCUAUCUCUCGUCAAAUCCAGUGCAACAUCAACGUACUAAGCACAUAGAAAUAGACAUACACUUUGUUAGAGAAAAAGUACAAAUGGGCGAAGUCAGAGUCCAUCACAUACCGGCGGCUUCACAAUAUGCGGAUAUUUUCACCAAAGGACUACCCACCUCCUUGUUCAACAGCUUCCGCUCCAGUCUUGGUGUCAAUACAAUCGACCCUGCGACUGCGGGGGGGUGUUAG